CGAGUCGCGAGGCAGUCGAUUUCGCUUGCGUCCCCUACUCGGACGCGCGAUAUGUAUAGGCCCGCGUCGCGUCCCUCGUCUUUCGCCAAUUUUGCUCUGCCACGCUAUCGCCGGCCGUCAACGUGCGCUUACCGAUCUAUAAGUGACCAGACGCGUGUGUGAUCUCGAGUGAGGAUCAGCUGAGAGAUUUGGCCAAGAGGUGCAGCAUCGUCGGGGAAGCAGCGGUAUUUUUAAGUACACGCACACACGCACACACACACACACACGCCUCAACCUUGUGCAACGAGAGACUUACUGCAGCUGUGUAGUGCGAUCGAGUUGUUUUUUUUUCGCUCGAAGCAUCGCAAGUAUAGUGCAAACAAGUCUCGGCAAUGGCGGCGUCGUUGGACAAGAAGAAAGCCGAGGAGGGCGAGGGCAGGCCUCGCAUCGAGACCUUCGACGACAUCCUGCCGUACAUAGGCGAAGCCGGCCGGUACCAGUGGUUCCUCUUCGUCAUCCUCCUGCCGUUCACCCUGGUCUACGCGUUCCUCUACUUUGCCCAGUUCUUCAUCACCCUCAUACCCGAGGAGUACUGGUGCAAGGUGCCCGAAUUCGCCGGCACCAACCUUACCGAUCUCGAGAAAAUCGCCCUGUCGGUACCACCGCGCUCCCUGGAGGAGAACAACACCGAGAGCUUGGUACCCUACUCCCGCUGCACCAUGUACAUAACCAACUACACGGAGGUCAUAGCGUCCGGUCGUAAAACGGCCAAUCCCGACUGGGCCAUCGGACACUGCCAACACGGCUGGGAGUUCAACCUGACCAACAUUCCCUACCUGUCGAUCGCCGCCGAGCUGGAAUGGGUAUGCGACCAAGCUUACCUGGGAACGACAGCCCAAUCGGCCUUCUUCGUGGGCAGCAUAGUCGGAGGUCUGAUUUUCGGCUACAUUGCCGAUCACUACGGCCGUCUCCCGGCCCUGGUCGCCUGCAACGGCGUUGGCUUCUUCGCCUCCAUCGCGACGGCUUUCUGCAACAGCUUCUGGACAUUCGCCUUCGCCCGUUUCAUCGUCGGCACGUCCUUCGACAACUGCUUCAACAUCAUCUUCAUCAUCGUGAUCGAGUACGUGGGACCGAAGUACAGAACGCUGAUGGCCAACAUGUCCUUCGGAAUCUACUUCGCGAUCGCCUCGAGUAUCCUGCCCUGGAUAGCCUACUGGAUAGCCAACUGGAAGAUCCUCAGCGUGGUCAGUGCCCUUCCACUGGUGGUGGCCUUCGUCACGCCCUGGAUCGUUCCCGAGAGUGCCAGGUGGUACAUAACGAACGGCCGAGUUGACAAAGCCAUAGAGAUGCUGAAGAAGUUCGAGAAAGUCAACAGGAAGACUGUCGCGCCCGAGGUGUACGAGGAGUUCGAGAAGAGCUGCACGACUAUGAUCAACAAGGACAAGUCCCACAACAAUUACACGGUGCUUGACCUGUUCAAACUGCCGAGGCUCGGACGCAUCACCGUCGUGCUCAUCGUUUACUGGCUGCUGAUAAUCCUGGUGUUCGACGGCCACGUAUGGAACAUGAAGCUCCUCCACCCCGACGUCUUCACCUCGUUCUCGCUCGCCUCUAUAACCGAGCUGCCGGCAGCUCUCAUCCUGGCCGUCUUCCUGGACAGGUGGGGCAGACGCUGGAUGGGAUUCUUCUCCAUGGUCAUCUGCGGCAUCUUCUCCUUCGUCGCCCUCGCGCUGCCCAAGGGUGCACCGGCGAUGUCGAUGGCCAUCCUGGCGCGUCUCGGCGUCAACAUAGCUGCCAAUAUCGGCUUCCAGUACGCCGCGGAAAUGCUGCCGACUGUCGUGCGAGCCCAGGGCGUCUCGCUCAUUCACAUCAUCGGCUACUUUGCCCACAUCAUCGGACCCUACGUCGUCUAUCUGGCCAACACUCAUCCCUCUCUGCCGCUGGUCGUCCUCGGCACCCUGUCCCUGUUCGACGCGACGCUGACGCUGACGCUGCCCGAAACCCUGGACCAGGAGCUGCCCGAGACCCUCGAGGAGGGCAACGAGUUCGGAAGGGAGCAGAGCUUCUGGUGGAUACCCUGCGUCAAGAGCUCACCGGAGAAGAGCAAGAAGUACCGGAGAAAGCUGGGCGCGACGAACGCCGGCUUCAACCCGGGCAGUCUGCAGAGGAUCGAGUCGACGCGGCUGUAACGCGGAACGCGCAUGUCCUUGUAAAUAAACACACACACACACACACGCGGAGUCGGCGAUAGGGCCGAGAAGCCGCUCUCCUGUAACAAAAGGAUAAGAGAGAGAGAGAGAGAGGGAGAGAAGGACCUUUCAGCAGUGCAGUGAAGUAUUAGCGUUCUCGUGUUAUCGCACGUGUAUUAUUACGAGGGGAAAAAACGAGAAAGCAAUGCAAGACGUGCUGUGAUUUUGCAAUUGUGCCCCGUGUGUUGUAUACAGUCAGAAAAGCGCGAGAUGUAACUCAAGAGGACGCACAUGCAUAUAUAGACACCUACGGCACUUUGAUACCCAACUAUUUCUACAGAAUAUUCUAUUCCUCUAUAGGCCUUAAGCAGCGUGCGUGCGUGCAGCGCGAUCAACCUAAUUAUCGUCACAUUGUUCUCUGCCGGCGCAAAUGUUUUGUUUAAACUUUUUUCUUUUUUUGCUCGCCGCAAGACUGAGCUCCGCGCUGAACGAACGGAGCGAGAGAGAGAGAGAGACGACGACGACGACGACGACGACGACAUUCCAGAAUUCACCUCGUGUCUAUAGUGCCAGAUGUGUGUAUUACUUCGUUUAUUACCUAUGGAUAUAAUACUGCUAUAUACGUGUAAAAAGAAGAAGAAGAAGAAGAAGAAGAGGAAGAAGCGAGGCGAACGGAACUCGAGUUCUCGCCCCCGCGCCUGUAAUAGUGAAUUCAAAUCAUCAUUCGCGUACUUAUGAGGCGGACCCUCAGUGCGACGCUCUAGCGAAUUUAUAUACUGUAAUUAUAUUCUGUAUCGUAUAUUUGUUACGACUAUUAUCGUAUAAUGAUUUGGAGUUACGCAGAUAGACGCGACGCGUUCUCGACGUUGGAAAGAGAGGGAUACGCGCUUUUAGAAUCGACGAACCGGCAAUUUCAAAGUGUCUUGCGCCUUUCUUUGAACUUUGCCGCGAAUUCAUUGACGAGAGUCACUUUUGCGAAUGCCUCGCCGUGUUAACUUGCCGAUCGCAAAACAGAGCAUUCGAAAAAGUAACAAAGUUCGCCUUCGCGCUUUCCAACGGACGAAACGCCGCAACUGUAGUGCAAAUUUUGUUUUCUCUCCUUUCGAAUGUGUAUGUGAUCGUUAUACUCAAUUUGGUUCCCGCAUUGAGGCGAGGAACGACGUAAGUUUUCAAUGUUUAUGACGUUAUAUAAAUGUAUUAUUACGAUAAUCAAUGACGAAAAGUAUAUGAUAUGUGUAUUAUUUAAAGAAAAACAAAAAAGAACUUUGUACGGUGAUAAUAUAUAUAUAUAUAUAUGUGAUCGUGAGAGUCGAUUGCAAUAAUUGUAGUAGUAUUAUAACGAUUGUGAAGAAGUUACAUUAAAAUAAUAUUACAUGUAAUAUUA